CUUAGACUUCUCAGCCUCUAGAACUAGAAUGUCAAAGCACACGGAUGCAGCAGAAGUACUCUUGGAAAGAAAAGGUUGUGCAGGAGUGAUAACACUAAACAGACCAAAGUUACUAAAUGCACUGACUUUUAAUAUGAUUCGGCAGAUUUAUGCACAGCUAAAGAAGUGGGAACAAGAUCCUGAAACUUUCCUGAUCAUUAUAAAGGGAGCUGGAGAAAAGGCUUUCUGUGCUGGGGGUGAUAUCAGAGUGAUCUCAGAAACUGGAAAGACAAACCAGAAGAUAUUUCAAGAUUUCUUCAGAGAAGAAUAUAUGCUGAACAAUGCUAUUGAUUCUUGUCAGAAACCAUAUGUUGCACUUAUUCAUGGAAUUACAAUGGGUGGGGGAGUUGGUGUCUCAGUUCAUGGGCAAUUCCGAGUGGCCACUGAAAAGUCUCUUUUUGCAAUGCCAGAAACAGCAAUAGGACUAUUCCCUGAUGUGGGUGGAGGUUAUUUCUUGCCACGACUUCAAGGAAAACUUGGUUACUUCCUUGCAUUAACAGGAUUCAGGCUGAAAGGAAGAGAUGUGUACACAGCAGGAAUUGCUACGCACUUUGUAGAUUCUGAAAAGUUGGGCAUGUUAGAAGAAGAUUUAUUAGCCCUGAAGUCUCCUUCAAGUGAAAAUAUUGCAGAUGUCUUAGAAACUUACCAUACAAAGUCCAAGAUUGAUCAAGACAAGUCUUUUAUACUUGAGGAACACAUGGACAAAAUAAACAGUUGGUUCUCGGCCAAUACUGUGGAACAGAUUAUUCAAAAUUUACAGCAAGAUGGUUCAUCUUUUGCCCUCGAGCAGUUGAAGGUGAUUAAUAAAAUGUCUCCAACAUCCCUAAAGAUCACACUAAGACAACUCAUGGAGGGGUCCUCAAAGACCUUGCAAGAAGUAUUAACUAUGGAAUAUCGGCUGAGUCAAGCUUGUAUGGGAGGCCAUGACUUUCAUGAAGGUGUUAGGGCAGUUUUAAUAGAUAAAGACCAGAGUCCAAAGUGGAAACCAGCUGAUUUAAAAGAAGUUACUGAUGAAGAUUUGAAUAAUUAUUUUAAAUCUCUGGGAAGCAAUGAUUUGAAAUUUUGAGGUGACUGGAUUUUUAAGGUAAUAUUUUGGAGCAGGGGUUGGCAAACUACGGCACGUGGUCCAAAUCCAGCCUGCUGCCUGUUGUUUAUAUAUCCCGCAAGCUAAGGAUGGUUUCUGCAUUUUUAAAUGGUUGGGGGAAGAAAUCAAAGACUGAUAUUUCAUGAUAUGUGAAAAUUACCUGAAAUUCAAAUAUCAAUGUCCAUAAAUAAAGCUUUAUUGGAACAUAGCUGUACUCAUCUAUUUACACUCCUCUAUUUACAUAUUAUCUAUGGCUGCUUUAAGUAGUUGCGACAGAGAUCAUAAGGCCUGCAAAGCCUUAAAUAUUUACUGUCUGGUCCUUUUCAGAAAAAGUUUGCCAACCUGUUUUAGAAGAUGGGAAAAUUUGAAGGUCUUCAGAGAUUCUCGAGUUAGUAGUCAUGUUCCACAUAACGACGUUUCAGUCAGCGAUGGACUGCAUAUAUGAUGAUU